AUGAUCACAUCCAAGGAUACAGAGUUGCUCAGGAAUCUUGGUGAGGAUCAUUGCUUCCCGAGGGGCUACCCUGUGAUUUGGCAGCCAGGACAGCGGUUGCACCUGUGUGGCUUUUACCCGAAGUUCAAGAAUGAUGCCGAGUACAGAUCAAUAUCAACAGAAGGUGUUUCCCGCUUGUCACUUACGAUCAAGUGGUCUGGCUUUCUGUUUGCAUUGCUGGCAUUCUCUCACGAAAAUAAUUACUACUGGGUCGUUACGUCCAAGAAUAGUGCCAACUGCGUCCAAUCGCCUCUGGAAGACUUCACGCAACUAGCAGCUGAUGUGAUUGCAUCUGAGCUGGGCGACACGCUUCCGUUCGCAAUCAAGCUCCUUGCAGACAGGAAGACCUACUUGUGUGGUGAGUGCCUGAGCAUGUCUGACCAAGGACAUGGUUAUUCCUAUCACAAAGACGCUGCCAUGAUAACGUGUGCAGGCAAAUAUGACAAUCAGUACAGAGCAGAACAAGAUGAUGCAUCGCUCCUUCUGCAUCUACCCUUGUCGGAGAUGAGAACUCUCGCGCAGGAAUGUGGUUUUCGUUGUGUGCAGCAACUAGAAGUUCCAUCGAGCAAGGUGCAGCGAAUUGUGGAUGAGCUGGAGGCCAUGCGUGACUUCCUCACCCUGAAGACAACGAUGCGUCUUCUGGCUCGUUAUGGCUUACCCGUCGAGCAGUUUCGGGAGCACGCGGACAUAAUUGAUUCCGAUACACUGGAGGGAUUGGUGAUGCACUACCAUUAUUCGGGCAAGCCAUCACUUCGUGUGAAAUGGAAACUUCCACGCUACACUUUUGUGACGACACUCUUGCGCCCAGUCCGAAAGAACGGCAUCUCCAGCUCAAGAUUAGUAGACAAAUCAGCAUCGAUGGCCAAGAGUUGGUGUCGGACCCAAGAAGGGUGUGACUAUUUCACAUGUUUCGGCGUGCUGGCCGGCGAGCUGGUCAAGGACUUACCUGGUGGAACGCUGGUGGCUCCCUGGAUUUCAGCUGCAGAGGAGGUGCUUGCGCUGGAGCACGGUGAGCUUCUGCGGCGAGGCCGGCAGGUCAUCGAGCGGACCCGAGAUCAGGUGUCGGCAGCGCUGACCAAGUCAAAGCACAUCUUGCACGUGCAGAAGCAUGACUCCAUCGGCUGCGCCCUCGUGACCUUUACGAGUUCGGAGGCCUGCCAGCGACUUUUGCAAUUGGGCGCGCGGCUUGACAUCGGUGGGGUUGUGGCUGACUUGAAAAGGCACACUGACAAGACAACGGGGCAGCCCUCAACAGACACAGUGUUCGUUGCUUGGGGGAGGCAACAAGAGCUGAGCUCUCCGGUCAGCAGCGAAGCGUUACUGGCUUCCUUGGAGAGCUAUAUCUCCGGCUCUCCGAAUGCCUCUCCCAUUGUUCUUCCCGAAAAACGGCCCGUUGCUCCACAGAGAAGUGGCUGGCAGCUUAGGCUUGUCCUGAGAGGGAUCAUGGGGUCUGGAAAAACGACUUUGGCCCGAGCACUUGCUUCUGAGCUGAAGGCUGCUUACAUCAGUCAAGAUGACUAUGCGCAUCAUGGCAAGGACGCGCGCCGCGCUUCAUUCCUGGAAGAGGUCCGGCAGGCAACAGCAUCGGUGCUGGUUCUAGAUCGGGUCAACUCCCUCCGGCGCCAUCGAGCGGAGAUUCUGGAGGUGCUCCACGGUGAUGGCACGGCGGUGCUGCUUUCCUUGCACCACCCCCUUGACCCUCCAGGCCAGGAUGCUGGAGAGGGCGCCUUGCGCCUCGCCGAAACUCGCAUCCUGCAGCGCGCGGACCACCAAACGCUCUCUGGGAACAGGACGGACUUGUCAUCGAUCCUGCGAUGCACGGCAAAUCUCAUGGAACCUGUCACGGAUGCCGAAGUCGCAGCCUUUGGCGCGCACAUUAGGGUGGACAUGACCCUCUCGCCACAAGAUGCAUUCGCCUUCGUACUUGAGCAACUCGAGUCUCUGGGCUUGGCAGAAAGAAAUGACGCUGCACAGUGGGCGAUACGAGCACCCUUCCCUUUUGACAUCGCCUCCGCUCAGUGA